AUGAAGACGGCAGAGGAUUUGGAGGAGGCGCCAAUCUCCUUCAUGGUGUCAAAGUACUGGGUCACAAGGACCAUGUCCAUCACGUCCUUGGCGGUGGUGCCGGGGACAUUGACCGAGAAGCCGAGGACGCUGUCCCUUAGGCCGUCGACAAUUGCCUGGCGCUGCCUGGCGAUGCCGAGACCGGACAGAUAUUUUGCCUCCGCCUCCCCCUCAGCACGCUUGAUUUGGAGGAUCUUCUCCGCCUCGGCCUUCUCAUUUGCUGCCAUCCUGAGCCUCUGAGCUGGAGUAAGAUGAGGAGGGGGCGUUGAGAUGUGAGAUAAUUUGUGAGGUGAGAAAUAAUUUAUUCUUCUCCCACAUUCAUUAUCAAAACGAUAAUUGCACGAUGGCUUGAUACAUUCUUUCGUUUAAAAGAAGGGAAAAAUACCUUUUUUAUCCGAAAUAAUUAAAACCCCAUUUUUUUUUUUUUUUUUUUUUUAUAUGAGGUGGGGACGUUCUGAAAAAACGAGACACCCAUUUGAUUGAAAUCUAUGGAAAGGGAAUGGAACAGAAGUGCAGACAGGAUAUGUCUGCAGGAAAAGCUCACCUGCAUUUAUCUCAUUCAUGGCUCGCUUUACGUGCUCAUCUGGCUCUAUGUCAACGAUGAGUGUCUGGACAAUCUCGUACCCGUAGUUAGACAUGGCCUUCUCGAGUUCCUCUUCUACUGCCUUUGCUAUAUCGUUCUUUUGCUCAAAUGCAUCGUCCAGUUUGAGUUUCGGAACGCUUGCUCUGAUUACUAGAAAGAUAAAUAAACAAAUAAACCAAAAAUUCCCAAUUUGUAUCCACUAGAAAUCACUUGUUGGGCUUAAUAUGCAGCUUUACUGGGAAUGCUCCGGAAAAUAAUAAUAUUGUGCAUGAUAAUAAAACAGCGAAAAAGGAAAGACCGAUGACUUAACAGAGGUGCAAAGUGAAGAAUUAGAGUUUGCAGAUGAUACCAUCAAACACGUAA